AUGAGUCUGGAGGAGCUAGAUCUUCAGCGGCAAGUACAUCGACGUACUGCAUCGCAGCACUGGUGGAAGAGAUUGAACUGGUGCGGGUUAUUAUCGCGUCGACCUGGUGAAACCGAAGCCCACCGAAAGCAACGGAGAAGACGUUGUGUUCUUUGGUUCGGAAUCAUUGCUGUCAUCUUGGCCAUCUUCGGUGCUAUUGCUGGAGGUGUUUACAUCACAUUCGUGUCUAUACUGCUAAAGCGGCUCGCUCCUUCCCCCAAGAACAGUGGCCUCCACCACAUCGUCGAUACCUGGCAAGAGCCGCAAGCAGCCAAGGCAUUCCAAUUCGACUGGAGAGAUGACUUCAGCCGUGACAUCGUACCCAAGAGCUGCCACUCCCACAAUGAUUACUGGCGCUCUGUUCCCCUCUAUGCUGCCCUCGCGGCGGGAUGUACUAGUAUUGAAGCAGACAUCUGGUUGACAGAAGAUGGCGAACUGCGGGUCAGUCAUUCUUGGGAGUCCACAACCAGCGAUCGAACUCUGAAGAGCUUAUACAUCGACCCACUUGUGAACAUCCUCGAACAGCGAAACGCAACAACAGCCUCAGAGCCAGACAAAAAGACCGGCGUCUUCGACAUGAAGCCAAGCGCAACCACCGUGCUACUCGUUGACUUCAAAUCCGACCCGGCAGCAACAUGGCCAGUCCUUCUCUCGCAACUCGCUGCCCUUCGCUCCAAAGACUGGUUAACAUACUACGACGGCUCGGUGCUCCACACAGGCCCCCUCACCAUUGUGGGCACUGGAAACGCCCCCUUCGACCUCAUUCAGUCCAUGGCAAAUCGGUACAUCUUCUUCGACGCACCGCUGCUCUCUGUCUCGGACAACCAAUACAAUACCACAAACUCUUACUAUGCAUCCGCCGCCCUCAGCGACGCAGUAGGCAAGCUGUGGUUCGCAAGUCGAGGCAGCGGAGGCGAAAGGGUUAAAGAGUAG